GCGAAAGGAGCUUCAUUGAGCUUUGUUGUUGUACACGACCGAGUCAUCGUCGUCGUGCUCGCCUUCUCUUUCUUUCUUCUUGUUCAAGAAGCCUUAAGAAGAAAUAAAACUUUCUUCAAAAAUUCGGAUCUUCCUUUCAUCUGAGCAAUCGAGAAGAUGGCGGCGUUGGCAAAGUUUAAGUUGGUGUUCUUAGGAGAUCAAUCUGUGGGCAAAACAAGCAUCAUCACACGUUUCAUGUAUGAUAAAUUCGACACCUCUUACCAGCCUACCAUUGGGAUCGAUUUUCUGUCCAAAACAAUGUACCUGGAAGAUCGAACAGUUCGUUUACAGCUUUGGGAUACGGCUGGACAAGAAAGAUUCAGGAGUCUUAUCCCUAGUUACAUAAGAGACUCUUCUGUUGCAAUUGUUGUCUAUGAUGUAGCCAAUAGGCAAACGUUUUUGAAUAUUUCGAAAUGGAUAGAUGAUGUACACAGAGAAAGAGGUGGUUCAGGGGACGUUAUUAUUGUCCUUGUUGGUAACAAAACUGAUCUUGUUGAUAAAAGACAAGUAUCGAUCAGUGAAGGGGAAGAAAAGGCUAAUGAGCAUGGAGUGAUGUUCAUUGAGACUAGUGCCAAAGAAAAUUUUAACAUUAAGGCUUUGUUCCGGAAGAUAGCUGUAGCAUUGCCUGGGAUGGAUUCAUAUUCAUCAGCAACAAAAUCAGAGGAUAUGGUUGAUGUGAACCUAAAGAACACUUCAAAUUCAUCACAAGGUGAUCAACAAGGAGGUGGUGGUGGAGGCGGCUGUUCUUGUUGAUUCAAUCAAUUAAAAAGAAAAAAAAAAUUCCGUUUAAGACACUUGUGAAGCCAAGAAAACAAAAACAAAAAGGAUCAAGAAAGUUUUAUUUUGUGAUUUUUGAUUUUUUAUCAUACAUACGGUAUAUUACAAUUUACAAACAUAGAUUUGGUGCAUCAUGACAUCAUCUCUCGGAGAUACCUUUUUCUGCAACAUAAAUUUCAGUUCAUAACACACAUAAGGUAAAAGCCUAUAAGUAUCAAUUUUAC